AGGUGGCUGAACUUUGAGAAAGUCAUCAACGCUUUGCUUUCCAAGCCAGUUUAUUACCUGAGUAUAACAAAGCUACGGACCCAUGCCAAGGAGAAGUGCUUCAUCGAUGAUGAGGAAGAGUUUACUACUAUGGUGAACUAUCAUGACCUGGGAACAAUUAUCAAGCACCGUAGCACAGUCAUCUUGAGUACCCAGUGGCUGAUAGACUUGUUCGGGCAGCUGAUCACUAUUCCAGAUUUUACGAAAAUGGUAAGAAACACAAUUUAACGUGUUUUUAAACUUGCCAUGUUUUAUAACGGCACCCAGUUUGGAUGACAUCACGGGUGUCAAACCGUGCCGUGACAAAUAAAAAUGAUUAUGUCACGUGCAUUGCACGCUGUCUUUCGUGUGUGUCAUCAACACAAUCUACCUUUAAACGAGUGCAAUGGAAGUACAUUGCAUGACUUGUAGAAUUAUCCUCAAAUGUAGUCUUAAAGGAACGUCUCUCAAAAAAAAGAGUGGAAAGAUACAUAUACGUCUGCUGAAACCAGCGACUCUUUAUGUCGACCAAUCAGAACGCGCUUUUAUAGUUUGUGGAAGUGAAAUUUGGACCGUAAGAAUUUUCCAGCGAGUAAACCAAAUGGAGGAUUCUGACAUUUACGUGGCGCUUUAAAGAACAUUCUAUAGAUUUAAAAUCUGAGAUCUGUUAAAAAGGUCUUUUUUCGCCCCCAGAGAGAUUUAUUCACAGUUGUACUUUCUAGGCAGUCUUUCGUAAUUUCCAUUUUAUAUGUGUCCUCACACAAAUCCGCAAAUUACAAGGAGGAAAGUUUUCCUUGAAUGUUUACUUAAAAUUUUAAGUAGUUUACUUCUUUUAGAGAACUUGCUAAAACUUAUUAAUAUAACAUUUAGAAAUGUAAAAUGAUCCUGGAAGAAAGCUAUUUUGAAUAGUUUUGUGAUCAUUCAAUCAAUCAAAUCAAUCAAUCAAUCAAUCAAUCUUUAUUCCUCCUAAGAUAAAAAGACAUAUCUUAAGUUACAUCAGCAGUUGGGAGUCUAAAAAUACAUAAGACAUACUGUAUACAAAUAAUAGAAAGAUCAAAGAUUAUAUCUAAAAAUAAGCCUAUUUACAAAAACAUUCUCAAAUGUAUCAGUCUUUAUAUCCGGGCGAUGAGCACCUUUGUUUCUGAGUUGAUACUUUGUUUCUUACUUCUUCGGAAUGAUGUUACUAAGCUGGCAAUCGGGAUCCACUGAACGUACCUUGAAAAGAUUUUUAUCUGCCUUUUCUAAAAGUUCUCGGAUGUCCAUUCUCUUAGAUGUGUAUUUCCUUUUAAAGCAUCUAUCCAGAAAGUUUUGUAUGACCGUUAGAUCUGAGUCUACAGACCAUAAGUGAAAUUCGGUAAAACUAAGGCGCUAAAUAGGUGGUCUACUUCACCUUGACUGAAACCUUCCUUCCGUAAAGAUCUUAAUACAAACAGACACUUACAGUAUUUGCCUUAAUCAACUUAGCACGUACGUGUUCGCUAUAAUUACAAUUCUCUUGAAACGUAACACCUAAAAUGAGCAGCGAAUGUUAUUAACUUGCACAAUAUCCUGAAUAAGACAAUUUCUUUACAUUCCUCUUGUUAUUCCGUCUUAGGUCCCUAAGUUUGCAAAGCACUGGAAGGACGUCGAAGAAAGCGGUGUUCUCAGCAUGGAACUGCUUGAUCAUGUGUUUUCCAAAUUUCUUCUGGACGGCGUUGCCAGGAAAGACAUUCUGGAUUUGAUGGAACAAUUUGGAUUGAUUGCAAAAUUUUCAUCUUCAAAGACAGGUGAAAAGUAUUUUGUUCCAUCUCAACUCAAAGCGUCACCUGAUUCCCAUUGUUCCGUGGUGCCCACAAGGCUGGACCCUUGUCCUCUAUAUGUUUACUUCGUCAGCGGCUCUGUUCCCCAUAGUCUGUUCACACGGCUUGUUUCUCGAUCUGUCCGUUGGUGUUCUGAGGCUGGUCCAACUCAGCCCCCUACCCUGUACCAAAAUGGAGCGUGGUUUGUUAUUGAGAAGAAAACUGUCCAUGAUUUUGUUCUUAUUUGUAAGAAGCAGGCCCCGGUUGUUCCAACGUCAGAUAGCGCUAUCCACCGGAUAAAUCACUAUCCAGUGGAUAGCGUAAUUGAUUUCUGUAAUACUUAUCCGCUGGAUAGUGAUUUAUCCGGUGGAUAGCGCUAUCCAACGUUUGAACAACCGGGGCCAGUUUAUUAAGUUCUUUAUCAAGCAAAGAAACCUCCCUCAGCAGAUCUCUGUGGAUGACACAAGUGAGGUGGCGGUGCAGGUUCGUGCGUUUGUGGAGGCAACUUUGCAAGCUUUGUCACGUGAUCUCUAUAAAGGUGGACUGCAGUAUCAUAUUCGGGUCGCCUGUCCGUAUUGUCAGCGGGAAAAAUGCUCAAGUCAUAAUCAGAUUGCAUGUUCUCAUGAAGAUUGUCUUCACCUCCUUGAGGUAAGACAAGGCGUUCAUCUGAUUUGCAAAAAGAAACCUACAGAUGAAGUACUCACAGUCCUAGGAAAGCAAAAAUGGUUCUCACAGACACCAAGUGAGGUCGGUAGCACUGAAAUCUCAUCUCUAUCAGUGCUGUUAGCAUGUUACAUAUAAAUGGAACGUUACCGUAAAAUUCCGAAAAUAAGCCUCUCCAUGUGUAAGCCCCUCCAAAUAUAAUCCCCCAAACUCGUAGUUAAAACCCCCCAUUAAAUCGCCGCACCAGAAUAUAAGUCCCCGGGGGUUUGUACUUUGAAAUUGCCCUCAAAUACAAAAUAAAACAAAUUAAAAACGGUACAGUAACACAUAAUGUUUUUAAUUUGCCAAAGAACUAUUCCUCGUGCCAAAUGAUUGCAAACAAGAAGUGUCACAGUGUAUUGCUGUUUGCGUAGUUCACUCUUGGCUUGAAUUUCUUCGAUCCAUAUAGCCAAAGUACUCGCAUGGCAGGGUUUUAGAAAGACCCAGGUCCCCUUGGCGAGUUUCAGUAAAACCUUAGUGCAAAUUACUGACAUAAUUUUUUUUCCAACUCUAAUCUGGCCCAGUCGAUUUUGAGACACAAAUGUCCCUCCCAUUUCCCUCCGUAUAUAAGCCCCUCAAAAAGGGCCUUUGAAAAAAUAUAAGCCUGGGGGCUUAUUUUCGGACUUUUACGGCAUAAUACUACUAAAUUGAUAUUAUGCUACUGAAAGGCUAGUCAUUUAUUUAUACUUAAAAAGCUUCAACAAAGUUUGUGUGUGUCAUUAUUAGGUUGUAAUAAUGUACAACGUAGGCCUUCAUUUAACCUAUCACAAGUCUGUCGCUGGAUAAAAAGAAGCAAGCAAUAGUUCUUAACAUCAAGUAAUUUGAUAAGGUCAGUUGGUUACCAUAUAUGACUCAAAAUUCUAUUCAAGUUCUUUUAGCACUUUGCCCGACAAAUGGCUAGCCUUGAACUGAGAAUCUCUUUACGGUGGCCAAUCAACAUCAUCAACUCUGUUGUUAAAUACCUACUGCAGCCGUAGCAGUGGGUAUUCAUAACAAUUUCUCAAGUCUUUCUUAACAAGCUGUUUGCUUUACAGUUAAACGAUAAGUUUAUAGCUUCUAACUGGAUGAUAACAUGUUUUGCAAACUUUCUUUCAAAGCGGUAAACACACCAGGUGUACACUUUCUAAUUUAAAAUAUGCCAUUUUGGUUUCUGUACAGGACGUGUGUACUCCAUCAUCACCACCACCAUCAUCAUCAUCAUCUGAUGCUGAACAAGGUCAUUCAGAACGGUUAAUAUUGAAAGUUACUCUCCUGGCGAACGAAUGGGGAUCGUCUAGGGGUGGUUUGUCAACAAUAAACAGAACUCUUGCCAUACAUUUGGCAAAAGACCCACACGUAGAAGUGACCAUUCUUGUACCUGAAUUUGAGUGUGGAGAAAAAGACAAGAGAGAGGCCAAAAGUUACAAUAUCUCCAUUAUAGAAGCAGGGAAUCUUCCUGGCUUCAGUGAUCCUCUUGAUUGGUUGAUCGUUCCACCAGAGGACCUUGACAUUCAGGUUGUGAUCGGCCAUGGAGCAAAGCUUGGCAAACAAGCGCAAAUUAUCACAAAAUCUCAUCGAUGCAAUUGGGUGCAGGUUGUUCACACUGAGCCUGAAGAGCUGGCGAUGCAUAAGAACUAUCCAAGUGCCAUUGCCAAGGGAGAAGAGAAGAACACAGCUGAAGUUGAACUUUGUCAAAAUGCAGACCUCGUUAUAGCCGUUGGACCUAAGUUAAAAGAAGCGUUCUCCUGCAAGUUGCGUUUAUAUCAUCAAGAUAUCUUUCAACUAAUACCCGGUUCCUUUGCAGAGUUUUCAGAUAUUAAACAUCCUGCACAUGAUGGUGUAAAUUUCAGAGUAUUGAGCUUCGGUCGCGGUGAUUUGGAAGACUUUAGUCUUAAAGGAUACGACAUUGCCGCUAAAUCCAUAGUUGAAAUGAAGGACAGUUCCUAUAUUCUGAUUUUCGUUGGUGCAUCCCAGGGAAGGCAGGAUGAAGUUGCAGAAAACUUACUCCAGACUGGCAUUUCAAAGAACCAGCUGAUUGUGAAAUCAUUUGUGACAGACAAACAAAAAUUGAGAGAAUUGUUUUGUGCUGUCGAUCUGGCCAUCAUGCCAUCAAGAACUGAGGGGUUUGGUUUGACAGCAUUGGAGGCCAUGUCAGCUGGUCUUCCCAUUCUGGUUAGUGGAAACUCCGCAUAUGGAAAAACACUGCGUAAACUUCCAAUGGGUGAGUCAUUUGUGAUCGACUCUGAUGACCCCAAGGAAUGGGCAAAAGCAAUUGCAGCCAUCCGUCAAAAAUCAAGGACACAGCGGCUUGAGGAAAUCCAAAGACUGCGAAGAAGUUAUGAUGAAAGAUUCUCUUGGGAGAGACAGUGCCAGGCCGUUGUGGCCAGAAUGUGGAAGAUGGUCUAUGGUAAGAAAUCAAAUUAUAUAUGUCUAUUGCUUCUUCAAUAGCGAGUGCAUAAAUACAUUUUUACUAUAUUAAUUAAAUUAUGUAUCGUGGUCCAUGUGCAUCGCUGAAGAAAUAUUGCCGUUGACCUUUUUAACCUUAAGGGUGGCACAUUCUCAUUCCCAUUCACAUUCUCCACACCGUUCUCCGUAAACUUCUUGUGUUACUGAUAAAUUCCAUUUUUAAGACAUUUAUUUAUAAUUUUACAACAUGUUGGCUACACUUAAAGGAGUUAGCGAUACAUGAAAAUUAAAAUCCAUAACAUUACGGUACAUCAAAGUCAUUUGAUUUCUAUUCAUAUGCAGUAGCAAUGGUGGUGUUCUCUUGUAUAUAAAAAAGAACGUAGCAAAAAAAGACUAGCUAACGUUUUGGCUUAUAAUUUGUCACAAAAAAUAGAAGGGGGGCUUCUGAGGUUGAAAUCUUUUUUUUUUUUAUAAGAGUGACAUUUUUUUCUGUAAAUCAUCGCUUUUUAUAACUUUACAGGUCUUGGAAAAACCAAAGAUGAUGACGUUUCACAGAACGACUGUGAAAAGGACACUUCAACAGAACCGAUAGCAGGUAAUGUCAUUGUCUGCUUUGUCAGUUGAACCAAAGACAAAAUUUAUUUUUCCAGCGGAGUGAGGUUUUUUUCUUCUGUUGAACCAGGGUACUUUCGAUUAUUGGGGUGUAUCUCCAAGUAAACUGACGUAAACUAACUGUUUCCCUCUCCUGAUUACAGGCCAAACCAUUUAAAUUCACUGCUAAUUUUAAACUUUACAGGUGUUGAAAAAACCCAAGAGGUUGACGUUCCACAGAAUGACUUUGAAAAGGAUGCUGCAUCAGGACCGAUAGCAGGUAAUGCUAUUGUUUGCUUUGAGAAUCAAACCAAAGCCAAAAUAUAUUUUUGCAGUAGAGUGAAGUUAUUUUGUUCUUUGGAGACCACAUUAAUUUUUACUUAAAUUGUCUGCUGUUUUGAGCUUCAGACCAGUGCACCAUCUCCUAUUAAACUGGAAUGAAAUAACCCCUAUCUUAUGUUAUUUUUUUUUCAUCAUCCGUUUACAGGCGAACCCUUUUUUAUUGCACUUCAACAAAUCAUACGUGAAGCACGCAUAGAGUCCAACAAAACUGAGCUGUCGCAGGCUUUGAAGAAGACUGCGUUGGUAAAAGGUUUUGCAAUUUCUGACAAUCAAGGAGGGGGAAACUGCAUGUUUUUUGCACUUUCAGAACAGCUUGACCUUAUCAAAGGAAUCAAAAUAUCCCAUGAUGAGUUACGCCGAACUAUUGUUCAACACCUUCGGGAAAACCCUAAGCUGGUAAGUGCCUUAUCCUCUUUUAUUAUUUUUAGAGUGGACAUUUUUGCAGUAUAUGCUUGUGGCCCGUCACAUAAUAGUAAACAAUUUAAUAGUGAACAUCUCUUUCCCUCCUCUCUCUUACACGUGGAACGGACACCUCCCUAAAACCUCCUAAACCUACUCCGCCUCCCUAAAAGUGUUGGUCUCUGCCGUUCUGAACGGUUUUUUCUUUUUACAUUUUUAAGGAGAAUAGUAUAGGGUGCACAGGUUAGACCGCUUUUUUGUAGUGUAAUCUCAUUAAAAUGAAGUGGAAUAAAUAAUUAUUAUAUAACUUGUAGGGAUCAUGCCCCUAUAUUGACAUAGAUUAGUCCAAAUUGUAUGUGUCAUGUCUUUAUUUGGUCAUGAAGACACCUGUGACUUAAAAUCACUGAACCACGAUGCCCUCAUUGUCCAUUGCAGACAUCUCAGGUUGUCUUCACACUAUACGGUAUAGCUUUCUCGCCGGCACGAAAAUCAUACCGGAUAGGGCUUUAGUUCACACAUAAGAACGGUGAUUUCGGCGCGAUUUCUUUAACACGUCGAUGCAGCUGUCUCUUUCGUAAACGGUCGCUGCAAUUUUUUAGACACUAAGAAAAUUUUUGAUCUGUUAUUGAGAAUGUUUCUAUAAAAAAGCCGAAAGAAAAUCGCAACCCAAGGUAAAACCCGGACCUUUCGUGUCCUAAUCUCUCUCCCUUACCACUAGAUUACCCCACCGACCCGCCAAAAUACUGAAAAAAAAUUAAGUACAUACACUAACAAACUGUCUUUCUUAACUGUUACAUCAAUAGCAGGUGACCCUAGCCCUUUCCAUAAAUUUUAACGAAAAUUAAACGUAGCUGCAACGCCGUUUUCUAGCAUUAUUCAAAAACGUAUUAUUUGCCUUUUUGUAACUAAAUGCAGGGAGUAUAUUACAUCUAUCACGACUAAAGGCUUGGUUACUAAUGGUGGCAUCGACCGUUAAAAAUGGAAAAGACUGAUUACGAAAGGGAAUGAGGCCGUGGCGAUCUCUAAAGUGGAGAGUCACAUAUCGGAUAGAUGUUCACGCUAUACUGGAUGGCUUUUCGUGUCGUCACCAAAGGUUAUCUGGUAUAGUAUGAUCAUAGCUUUAUUGUUCUGGUUCCGGUUCACUGAUUCUUGGUGCGCAAAGGAGAUAAAGACGUCGUCGACGUUAAUAUAUUCCACUUCAAAAAAAGACGUCUACCUGGUGUGUCCUUAAUACCUACUGAAGUGGACAUAUUAUUUCUAGUGCCGAUACUAAUGGUGUCGUCUUAGAGAGAGCUGACAGCGCAGCUGCCUGAACAUAUACCUUCUACAAAAGCACUCUACCUUUUUCUCUAUUAACUACAGUAUUUUCUUUCUUACAGCCGGAUGGGACAGAACUGUUUCAUUUUGUUGAUGGAUAUCCAUCUUGGGAUGCCUACCUCACAAGUAUGAUGGCAGAUGGUGCAUGGGGUGAUCACGUUGUUCUACACGGCGCGGCAAACUGUUUUCGAACGUGCAUCUAUGUGAUUAGCAGUCUUCCACAUCGCUAUGACGUAAUGGUCUGCCCAGAGUUUGAUGUUACUGGUAGCAACCGGCUUGUGCUGGGUCACCUGCACGAGCUUCACUAUGUUAGCCUUAUUCCACAGAAAGGAGGUAAAGAUGUCUGA